AUGGAUAGUGCAGGUGAGUUCGUUUGUUCGUUUUUGCUCUUAAAAUUCGGCACGAAGCGUUUAGGCCGAGCGAUUCGUUCUACUCUUGACGACGAAUCUACAGCACGACAUUCAGCUCUUCUCCAACAGCUUUGCGAAAAGUCGAAGAGCGUCAUUCGAGAGUUAGAUGGAUCAAACGAUCUCACAUUCUUACGUCUUCGCACAAAGAAGAACGAAAUCAUGAUUGCUCCAGAUAAGGACUAUCUUUUGGCUGUGAUAGAAAACUUAUCUUCAUAA